GUGUUUAUGUUUGUGUCUAAUCGUGAUGAGUUUGGUCGUCUGGUCUCCUCCUCCAACUACAACACCAGCAGACUUCAUCCGGACAUGUGGCAGAUCUUUGACAACCCUCUGGACUGGAAGGAGAAGUAUAUCCAUGAAAACUACUCUAAGAUCUUUGAAGACAACCAGACCAUCGUGGAGCAGCCGUGUCCUGAUGUGUACUGGUUCCCAUCCUUUACAGACAGGAUGUGUGAUGAUCUGGUGGAAACCAUGGAAGACUUUGGAGAAUGGAGUGGAGGAAGACAUACGGAUGAGCGUCUUGCAGGGGGCUAUGAGAACGUCCCUACAGUAGAUAUUCAUAUGAACCAGAUUGGCUUUGAGAAGGAGUGGCUCAAGUUCCUAAAAGAAUACAUCAGCCCUGUUACUGAGAAACUCUACCCAGGCUACUUCCCCAAGGUACACGCAGACACAUGUUAGAUACUUUAUCUGAAU